AUGCCUGCUGCACCAAAACAGAGGAAGAUUGCCAUUGUUGGUAGUCGGUCUGUAGGAAAAUCCUCUCUUACGGUUCGUUUCGUCGAGCAUCAUUUCGUGGAAAGCUAUUAUCCCACAAUUGAGAACACAUUCAGUCGCAUCAUUAAGCACAAUGGCCAGGAUUUUGCAACGGAGAUAGUCGAUACAGCGGGUCAAGAUGAAUACAGCAUUCUGAACUCGAAGCACUUUAUCGGGAUUCAUGGCUACGUUAUCGUCUACUCUGUUGCCUCCCGCCAAUCUUUCGACAUGGUUAGAGUCAUACGCGACAAAAUUCUGAACCACCUUGGGGCGGAUCAUGUCCCCCUUGUCGUUGUCGGGAACAAGAGCGAUCUCAAACCUGAACAGCGUCAGGUCUCGCUGGACGAAGGCCGACAAUUAGGGGAAGAGUUCCACUGUGCAUUCACUGAGGCUAGCGCCCGUCUUGAUUAUAACGUGACUAAAGCCUUUGAUUUAAUGAUCGAGGAGAUUGAGAAGUCACAGAAUCCAUCCCAGCCGGCAGGCGGCAGCAAGUGCUCUUUAAUGUAA